AUGAAUUUUGCUCAGUCUCAGCCUCCAGCAACAAUGAAUAAUCCGCCUCUAACAAUGAAUCCCCCAAACUUUAGUCUUAACUCUAAUUUGAUAAACCCUAAUAACUAUGGUCACAAUUGGAAUGGAAAGAAGAUGGAGCCAAUUCGGAGAAUGCAUAACUCUGGUAUUCGUACUGGUCCAACUGGUACAAGAUUGCAGCAGCUACAUGGCUCUGGUUCACGUAUUGAUCCUCCGGCCUUGAACAAGCUUAAGUCACAAAACAGUUUGAAGACGUUUUGUCCGAAGAAGAAGUAUAGUAACCGAUAUGUUCCUCAUGCUCCUAGGAACACAAGUUCGUUUAUCAUCAGUGCGAAUAAAUCUGGUGGCAUUGCUGAGUUGGUGUCGCCAUGCCCUGUGACACCAAUGGUGUUGCCUACUCCGAAUUUCUCUCCAUCGGAAAAGGUUUUGAGCGAUAUGGCGAAGGAAGAAUGGGGAGUUGAUAGUCAUGGAACAAUGAAAGGGUUGAUUAGGCUGAGAUCUGAUGGUGGAAUACAUGAAUUGGAACCAUAUGAUGAGGAUGAUGAUGAAGAUGAAGGAGGAUCGUGUGUCUCAUGUGGAGGGGAGGAGAUUAGACCAUGA